AUCGGAGGGAGACGGGCCCCGAUGAGAGAGACCAAGCCGGUGAACUCCCGCCGCUACACCGCCACAUUCGACGUGGAGAACACCACUAAGGGAGACUCUGGACGCUACCGCUGCAUCGUCCACUCAAACAAGGGCGUGGGCGUGUCCAGUUAUGCCGACCUGACCGUCAAACAACCCCCGGUGCCCAUCGCUCCGCCCCAGCUUACCGCUGUGGGCGCCACCUACCUGUGGAUCCAGCUCAACGCCAACUCCAUCAAUGGCGACGGGCCCAUCGUGGAGCGGGAGGUCGAGUACCGCACGGUGGCGGGCAGCCUCAUUGACAACCAGCCCGUGGACAAGACCACGCACAAGAUCGGCCACCUGGACCCUGACACGGAGUACGAGAUCAGCGUUCUGCUCACCCGCCCCCUGGACGGAGGAACGGGGGCCCCAGGACCUCCCCUGAGGGCCAAGACCAAGUGUGCCGACCCCAUGCAUGGCCCCCAAACACUGGAGGUGGUGGACAUCAAGUCCAAGCAGAUCACAGUGCGCUGGGAGCCCUUCGGRUACAACGUGACCCGUUGCCACAGUUACAAUCUGACUGUCGAGUACCGCUACCAGGCAGGCGGCAAGGAGGAGACCCGUGAGGAGGUGUGUUACGACACCCUGAGCCUGGCGCCGCAGCACACCAUCCGGAACCUGUCACCCUACACCAACGUCAGCGUCAAGCUGGUGCUGAGGAACCCCGAAGGCAUCAAGGAGAGCAUGGACGUGGACGUGCUGACCGACGAGGAUGUGCCUGGCGCUGUGCCACUCCAGUCCAUCCAGGGGAGCACCUUCGAGGAGAAGAUCGCCCUGCGAUGGCGCGAGCCCGUCCAGACCUAUGGGAUCAUUAAGCAGUAUGAGAUCUCCUACAAGGCCCUCAGCUCCUUCGACACGGAGUUUGACCUGACCAACCAGAGUGGUAGGGUGUUCAAGUUCAGCAAUGAGACAUUCCACAUGUUUGUGGGUCUUUACCCCGGUUCCACCUACUCAUUCACCAUCCGGGCCAGCACCGUCAAGGGCUUUGGAACCCCCAUCAUCACCCAGUUCACCACCAAGAUCUCAGCCAGCCGCUAUGACCAGGAGACUCCCCUAGAACAGACAGACAGCACAUGCGUCACCUCCUUGCUGAAGCCCACCGCCCAGAAGCCGAGGACCCCUGUCAGCGUAUACCAGGUGGUGGUGGUGGAGGAAGAGCGCCCCCGGCGGGCGCGGAGGGCGGUAGAGAUCCUGCGCUGCUACCCGGUGCCCAUCCACUUCCAGAACACCACCGUGCUCAACUCCCAGUACUACUUCACAGCRGAGCUGCCCAUGGGCGACAUCAAGACCCCCGUACCCUUCUGCAUCGGAGACAACCGCACCUACAACGGCUACUGGAACGCCCCCCUUCUCCCACACAAGAGCUACAGCGUCUACUACCAGGCCGUCAGCACGGCCAAUGGGGAGACCAAAAUCGAUUGUGUACGAGUGGCCACUAAAGGGGCUGCGACCAGGAAGCCUGARGCGGUGGAGCCGGAGAAGCAGACGGACCACACGGUGAAGAUCGCCGGGGUCAUCGCUGGUAUCCUCCUCUUUGUCAUAAUCUUCCUCGGCGUGGUGCUGGUCAUGAAGAAAAGAAGAACCUAUCACUCCUACACUUACUACCUGAAACUGGCCAAGAAGCGCAAGGAGACACUGAGCAGCACGCGACAGGAGAUGACGGUGAUGGUGAACUCCAUGGACAAGAGCUACACAGAGCAGGGCACCAACUGUGAUGAGGCCAUCUCCUUCAUGGACACCCACAGCCACACACUCAACGGGAGAACUGCCUCUCCCUCGACAUUCACCAUGAAGACUAACUCAAUCAGCACGACCGUACCCACCUCCUACUACCCAGAUCCCUUUGUGCCAACCGCUAUCUUGGUGCCCAUUAAUGAUGAGAACCACACCAUGACCAGUGACACCAGUAGUCUGGUCCAGUCCCACAGCCACUCCUAUAAGAAGAAGAGGGAUGUGGCAGAUGUGCCCCCCUACCAGACGGGUCAGCUCCACCCGGCCAUCCGCGUGGCAGACCUACUCCAGCAUAUUACCCAGAUGAAGUGUGCKGAGGGCUACGGCUUCAAGGAGGAGUACGAGAGCUUCUUUGAAGGACAGUCUGCACCAUGGGACUCUGCCAAGAAAGACGAGAACAGGAUGAAGAACCGAUACGGAAACAUCAUUGCAUAUGAUCACUCCCGUGUCCGGCUGCAGGCCAUCGAGGGAGAGCAGAGCUCUGACUACAUUAAUGCAAAUUACGUGGAUGGCUACCACAGACCAAAUCACUACAUCUCUACCCAAGGGCCCAUGCAGGAGACUGUCUACGACUUCUGGAGGAUGGUGUGGCAGGAGAACACGGCAACUAUUGUCAUGGUGACCAACCUGGUGGAGGUGGGAAGGGUGAAGUGCUGUAAGUACUGGCCUGACGACACUGAAAUCUACAGGGACAUGAAGGUGACCCUCAUCGAGACACAGCUGCUGUCAGAGUACGUCAUCAGGACCUUCGCUGUGGAAAAGAGGGGAGCCCAUGAGAUCCGGGAGAUCCGUCAGUUCCACUUCACUGGCUGGCCAGACCACGGGGUCCCCUACCACACCACCGGCCUGCUGGGCUUCGUACGCAGGGUGAAGUCCAAGACCCCCGCCAAUGCCGGGCCCAUGGUGGUCCACUGCAGUGCAGGGGCGGGCAGGACUGGCUGUUUCAUCGUGAUUGACAUCAUGCUCGACAUGGCGGAGAGAGAGGGUGUCGACAUCUACAACUGUGUGAGAGAGCUGCGCUCACGAAGGGUUAACAUGGUCCAGACAGAGGAGCAGUAUGUGUUCAUCCACGACGCCAUCUUGGAGGCGUGUCUGUGCGGGGACACCACCGUCAGCCAACCAAGCCUACGAUCGGUCUACUAUGAACUGAACCGCCUGGACCACCAGACUACCCAGCAGAUCAAAGAGGAGUUCAGGACUCUGACACUGGUGACUCCUACGUUUGCGUGUGGAGGACUGCAGCAUCGCCCUGCUCCCAGGAACCACGAGAAGAACCGCUGCAUGGACGUCCUACCGCCAGACACGCUGUCUGCCUUCCUCAUCACCAUCGACGGAGAGAGUUCCAACUACAUUAACGCUGCCUCAUGGACGUACAGCUACAAGCAGCCGUCAGCUUUCAUCGUUACCCAGCACCCCUUGCCCAACACGGUCAAAGACUUCUGGAGGCUGGCGCUAGACUACCACUGCACCUCCAUAGUGAUGCUCAACGACGUAGACCCAGCACAGCUGUGUCCCCAGUACUGGCCGGAGAACGGCGUGCACCGCCACGGGCCCAUCCAGGUGGAGUUUGUGUCAGCUGAUCUGGAGGAGGACAUCAUCAGCAGGAUAUUCCGCAUCUACAACGCCGCAAGGCCGCAGGACGGGUACCGUAUGGUGCAGCAGUUCCAGUUCCUGGGCUGGCCCAUGUACCGGGAUACCCCCGUCUCCAAGCGCUCCUUCCUCAAGCUCAUCCGCCAGGUGGACAAGUGGCAGGAGGAGUAUGACGGGGGAGAGGGACGUACCGUGGUGCACUGUCUGAAUGGUGGAGGACGUAGCGGGACGUUCGGUGCAAUUAGCAUCGUGUGCGAAAUGCUCCGGCAUCAGCGUUCGGUCGAUGUGUUCCACGCGGUCAAAACGCUGAGGAACAACAAACCCAACAUGGUCGACUUACUGGARCAAUACAAGUUCUGCUAUGAGGUGGCACUGGAGUACUUGAAUUCUGGUUAGCUGUGCUGAAAGCUGCUCCCCUCAUCUGUCCUACCCCCUUCAAGCCCCCACACCACAGCCCUCACAGCUUCCCUUGACACAGUCUCUUAAACCUGAGUGAAUGUUGGUUACUGGAGAACAGAAAUGAAGUGCUGUGUUCCGCCGGGCACGGGACAGGGUUGUGCCAUCACACCGCUAUGGGACAGGGUUGUGCCAUCACACCGCUAUGGGACAGGGUCGUGCCAUCGUACCGCUACGGGACAGGGUCGUGCCAUUGCACCGAUACGGAUUUAAGAAGAGGGGAGAGAGGGUCGCCCCCAGUCUACUCUGAAAUGGCUACGUUGACCCUGAACUUGAUGAACUUUCCCCCUUGCAUCUCUCAUCCUUGCCCCCCAACCCCUCUCCUCUCCACUAGUCAGUGUUACUGUCCCCUCCAACCCCUCUCCUCUCUACUAGUCAGUGUUACUGUCCCCUCCAACCCCUCUCCUUUCCACUAGUCAGUGUUACUGUCCCCUCCAACCCCUCUCCUCUCCUCUCCACUAGUCAGUGUUACUGUCCCCUCCAACCCCUCUCCUCUCCACUAGUCAGUGUUACUGUCCCCCAACCCCUCUCCUCAUCUUAAC